CUGUUGCCAAGUUUUAACUCUGAAAAAGUUUAUAUUUUUAUUUUUAGCAGUAUUGAGAUUCAAAUUAAUUAAUAAAAAUAGUUUUGAAUAAAAUAUUGAAUAUAUUUUACGUUGGCUAAAUCUGAUCUAACUAUGAAUUCGGAAUUACUUACUUGCUUACCGAAUCCAUCCUUCCCAAAAGUUGUUGCAAUGAAAAUAACCUUACAAGACACUAUUAGAUGUUUCAGAGAUUUGGCUGAAGAAUAUGAUAAGCUAAAUAAGGAAAACAUGGAUUAUAAAUCAAAAUUUCAGUCACUUGAAGAAAAGUGUAAUUGUAGUCAAGACUCAUUAAAAAAAGAACUACAGCAGAAAAAUUAUUUAAUACAACAAGUUGCUUCAGCCCUUAAAAACCUUCUAGAAACAAAAGACCUCAAUAUAAUAGAUGCCAUUUUUAAAAUAAUAUGUAGUGAAACAAAGUUAGAUCAUAAUGACAAAACAGUAAAAGAAGAAAUACAGGAUGAAUCUUUGUCAGAGAUAGCAGGAACCCCUGGUCGCAAAAGUCCUAUUAUUCUAAUGAGCAAAAAAGUUAAGAGCAAUACUGCUUCUGGCUUAAGUCUAAAUAAGAAAAGUGAGGAAACUAGGGAAACUCCAGAAAAAUGUGUCAAGUUGAUAUUUCCAUCUCCAAGUAGAAGUAAAGGUAGUGGUCGGUUAAAGCAGUCCAGACUUAAUGUUUUCAAAGAGAAAUCUUCACUUGUGGUUGACCUUACUUGCUCACCAGAAGCUUUAAGGUCUGAUGACGAUAAGUGUAAUGUUAAAAAAGAAAUAACGGACUAUGAUGAAACAAUAUUACCUUCACCGACUAGUGGGCCAUUUCUUUUGCCUCAAAUGUUUAAAUCGAUGUCCAAAGAUAGUCCAAGUAAAUUCAAGAAGCCUCAAUCACCGCCCAAGUUAAAGCUAGAAGAGACAGAAAAUUUACACGACAGGAAUCGAACUGACUCAGUAACUUACACACAAUAUUCAAUUGAUUUGAUGAAGCAUUGCAGGCGGAACUUAAAAAUAAAUAAAUCAGAAAAUGAAGACGAAAACAUGGAGUGUGAUGCGAACGACAGUCUUUCAUUAUUGCAUAAUAAAAAAAGUCCUCAAAAGGCGCCGUUAAGUGAAAACCACAACGUUUUAAACACACAAGUCGAUAUGGAGUCGAGUCUGUCGAUAUUACAGCGAAACGCCAGAAUAUCACCCCCACAAACUACUUUGCCUAAGAGGACAAAGUUGGAACUAUUAGAGCCGGUGUAUAAAGAGCCUACACUCAGGAAAAAAAGUGACAAACGGGCCUUACCUGGAUGGAGCUGUGAUAAUUGUAUGCAGUUCUAUGGUACCUUAUACGCUGACAACCCAGAUAUGCUUGCUCAGAAGAUGGAAGAAUGCUCCAAACACCGUGGCCGGAAUAACCCGAUUCGUCCCUCCACUCCUAAUGGUUUUUGGGACAUAAGAUGGGAUGUGCCUACAGAUACUGAAGAGUUUAAUAGAAGGAAUAAUGCUGUAUAAAAAAAACGAAUAACCUAGCCCUAAUCAUCAAUUAGUUUGCCUAUCGUUUUUAACCUGUUUGCAUAUUCUGACUUAUCAUGAUCAAUUUAUUUUUUAUUUCAUAAUCAUGAUGGCAAUGCUAUCAUCUAUGGAUGAUAAUUAGUGCAACUUCUUUAUCAGUCUAUAAAAACAUUUAAAAAAAGUGUAAUUGUCUAUCUCCUGUCUUUAAACACUUGUUGAAUUAUUACUUAACUGUCUAAUAAAACUUAUCUAACACUCAUCACUCACUCACACUUACUUUAGCACUUCAAUCUAUAUUUUAUAAUUUUACCUGAAAUCUAGACUCUAUUACUUCAAUGACUGUUGUUUUAUUGUGAGAUUGUUUAUUGAUGUAAUAUAAAUUAUUAUUAUUUAAUUAGUAUUUCCUUAUUGUGGGAGUACUUGUGACUUUUUUAUGUAUAGAUUUCCUUUUCUGUUAUUAUGCUACCUCAUUAUACUAGUUAUGAGAUUGUUUUCUUAAUUUGUUCAAAUAAGUAAUAUACCUGCUGUAUAAUCCACCAAA